AUUUCACUCAUACCGCAACUCCGACGCUUGUUUUAAAUUAUUAAAAAGAGACUUCCUUUUGUUUCCCUUCUUUGCCCAUAUUCUUCUUUUCCUAACAUGGCUGAUGAGAAGAAGAAAAAGACUCCUUGUGAAGAAUGUCGAGACCAGAAACGAAAGUGUAAUGGAGAAAUCCCUUGUGAAAGGUGUAUGAAAUUCAACUUGAGUUGCGUUUACACUUCCACUCGAUCGCCCUUUGACGAAGAAUACCUGGAUAUUGCCAGACAAGCAGCACUGGUAGAACAAAUUCAGACCAUGCGUAAUCAGAUGGAAGAUAUGGAAAAAUGGAUGUCGCAAUCUGAGAGGAGUCACAGCAUGGAUUCGGCCUAUUCACCUAACCACAGUUUACCUUCAUUAAUGGAAGAUGAUCAUAUGGGCAGCAUAUCCAGUCUUGAUGAAAUUCACUCUGUCGAAUGCCUUCCUUCUAUUCAUGAAGGAAAACCUUACUUUGACUGUCCCUUACAACGGAAACAACUGAUCGGCUCCUUGGGUGCCGAGGUAAAUGCCUUUUUGACAACAGAUAUCACCACAGAGCAACAAGAAGAAGCAAACAGCUCCAAAAUCACACCCUGGACCUUAACCUUCGAGAAAGGAGACAUUAUUGUUCACACGCAUGUAAAGACGCAUUCGGAUCUGCUGGAUAAUUUGUACCACAUGAUGGGCACAGUCGAAUUAUUAAAUUAUAUACCACCAAACGUACCCAGCCAUUUUCGACAGAACAGUCUGAUGGGUGUCCUGAACGUAUUGAUACGAAAGAAAUACGGAAAAAUGCAAUGUCGAAAUGUCGCUCGAUCCGUUCAAAUAUAUAUCACGCCAGAUUUAUCCAGCGUGAAAACAAUCGUGGUUGCACAAGCUCCAGAUUCAAUCCAAGUGACAACAACCAAGCUCUUGCGAGCUUACUUACAAUGCAAGCAUCUUCAGCAGUUAGCGAUACAUGCACCUACAUUCAUACGAUUGUUCAUCGACCGAAAUGACGGGAUAGAGAACUCACCGGCGGCCAUGGCACUUUGCGCAGCUAUUUGUACCUUUCGAUGUAAACACGUGGCAGAUUGUCUUCCUUCAAUUUCAUUGGUCGAGUAUGGUAAAUUCUACUUUGACCGCGCGCGGGACCUCUUAUCAGAUCUUUUUGAUCAGUUUGAUCUAGAGACAUUUACAUGUUACACAUUCAUGGUCGUGUACAAGCUUACACUUUCCCACCGUAAAGAAGCACUUGCGUACGCUGAUAUGGCUGAGCGCAUCAGUCUGAUCCUCGAACCCUCUUAUGAUCACAUCAUACAAUCCGAUGCAUCCUUACAAAAAAAGGGCGAAGCUGUCCAUUUUAAACGACUAUUAAAUCAUUUACAUCGUGUCCUGACCUACCAACAAGUGUCACGUACAGAUCCAGGAGAGCAUAUGAAGGUAGCCAACCAAGAUUUGCCAUUCUGCACACUGAUGAAGAUGGGUGAAGGAACUUGGGUCACCGCACAAGAUGAUUCGGUACAAGAAAAAUGGUUUUCGAGGUAUCAUGGCUACGUGCUACAGUUUCAUCGUUCAUGUCAUUUAGCAAGCAAAUCUGCGCGAUCAUGUGAUCUUCAUCAAUUGGUCAACAUGAUUGGACAUCAGGUCGAGAUGGCCAUGCGACAUUGGUACGCCCAAGUACUUCCUGCUGAAUUCAAACUUUCGUUACCGCUUUUCAAUUCAACCAUGGAUCCUCAAGAGUUCUAUUCUACGCUGGACCGUGAAUGCUCCCAUAGUGUCAUCCCCAUCUUGACCACACUGACAUUAUACGAAGAAUGGAUCAUCUUUAGUCAAACCUACUUACCUAAAGCCGUGCCCUCGCCCGAAAAUGACUGGGGACGACUCAACGAUGUUUGGAAGGGAGGUUCAGAUGUGUCAGACAAGAAGAACAAGAAAUGGAGGAAACGGAUCGAUAAAUUGAUGGAAUUACGACAAGCGAUUGAAUUUGAGGGUACCGAUCAGGAGUAUUUGGCAGCCGUCAAUCAUAUACUGGGUUCAGCCGAAGCACAAGUCAACUGCAAGUUGCUCAUCUCGGGUUUAGAUGCAGCAUUCAUUACCCUGGAUCUGAUAAAAUACCUAAGGUCACGGACUCAGGAUUGUUACUUUGAUAUCAAGGUGCUGAUCAACGCAUGGCAACUAUUACUCACCGUCUCCAAAUUACACACUACUUUCCCUAAAGAGAUUCAAGCGUUCGUGCCGCGUAUACAUAAGGCAUUGACAGACUGUAUGCAAAUCGUAAAAGACGAACUUAAGUUACAACCUUAUCAAGGCAAAGUGGGUGACUAUGUCCAUGUCAUGGAGAACGAUCUCAAGUCGCAAGUCGUUGAAGAUGACGAUGAUUGUGAUUGUACAAGUUGUCCCAACGCUUAAAAUCACCCCCCCCCCCCUCACAUAAACCCUGCAUUACAUUGACAUGUUAUUAUACCACCUUUAUUCUUUUCUUUUCUUUUUAGAUAUGUUAUUCACCCCCCCCCACUUUGCUUUUAUAACUAUUAAAACUUUAUUAUCUGUAUAACAUAAUAAAAUCAUGUUGUCUAAACCCUGAUGCAACAAA